CCCUGGGCAAUAGGGGAUCAUGGGGCCCCUGUGUCCUUGCCCAAACUCAAAAAAGCCUAUGAAAAAGGUACCAGGGGCUUCCAUUGGGCCCCCUACUGCCCCCGGGCCCUCGGGCAGUGCCCGAGUUUCCAAAUGGUCAGUCCGCCCCUGCUACAGUAUAUUCAUUGCAUACAAAGUCUCCCAACUGUCCCUGAUUUUGCGGGACUGUCCCUCAUUUGGAACAAAGUCCCUCUGUCCCUCCUUCCUCCUCAUUUGUCCCUCAUUUUGGUCUGAUCAAUAUAGUUGUAUACAAAAUGCACUAUUGAACUAUUAAAAAGUGUUUUACAGUGUUGAAUCUUUUAUCCAGUUUCUAAA